GUCGGACAAUUACCGCAAAGGAUAUCUCGCAUCAAUGUUUGCGUCGAAGAGAGCAUCGCGCAGGGCGUGGGCACACAAUGCAUGAUGCAGGUGUACGUUAUAAGACGUUCAUUGCUGCGGCUGGCGCGUUGUUCGAGCCCGCUUCUCGCGCCUUUUUUUUUUUCUUUUUUUCUUCUUCUUUUUUCUUUCUUUUUUCUUUUCCCCCCACAACGGUGAACUGCCUACUAACCCCUCCCCCGCAUGCUGACGUGGGAGGUCUCGGCGAGCUGCUUCAUCGGCUGCGUGGCCGUGGCAGUCGUCCCAUUGAGGCCCCGGACAGCCGCGACUUGCGACCAAUAUGUGUGUGUGUGUGUGUGUGCGUGUGUGGUGUCCAUCCGGGGGUUGUAUCUUUGACGCUCGGUGACGUGUGCGUGUGUGAGCGUGUUUCUCUCUCUAUCCAACUCCAUCUCUCCGCACCCAGCAUCGCCGCUGCUGCCGCCGCCGCCGUCGCUUCAGUCCUUCGCCCAAGUGGGAUGCUUACUGUUGUUGGCAGGCUCGGCAUCGUCAGCAUGUCGAAAGACAAUCCCGAGGUGACGGCUCGUUAUGCAACCAAUGGGCCGGCGGAGAGGCGCCAGGCAGAAAGGAGAGGCAUCUGAAACAUGCUCUGCUCUCCGCAAUGAUACGAAUCCGACGCAAGCCUCCCAAAAAAGGAUGGCAGAGUGC